AUGAUUAAAGAACCACUUUACAGCAACAAAUCAAUAAAACACCAAAAAAUAGAUGAAAUUAAAAUAAACAAUAGUAAUACUAAAGUAAUAAGUUAUUAUAAACAAUACAACAGUGGUCAAGUUAAAAACAUUCCUAUAGAAAUAUACAAAAGUGACAAUUUAUUCAAGCCUGAUACAAUUUAUCAUCUUAUAACUUACGAAAUGCUUAAGUCAUUCCCAUCUCUUAUUCUAAUAGAAUUUAUAAAUCCUCUAAUAAUAUUUUAUGAUAAAAUAACUUUACCAAGAUCAAUUCAAUAUUUUUUUAAUGAAUUCAGAAAUAAAUAUUCUGUCUAUAACACUACAGAUUUUAUUAAUAAGGAAGAUUUUACAGAGAUAACUAGAACAUUUGAUUAUUUGAGUAUAAUAAAAGAAUUAAAUGAAAAGUAUAAAGAAAGUGAAUUCAAAUUAUUAGAUAAAAAUUAUAGUCAACUGGUAAAAGAUUUAUUUAAUAAUCCAAUUUUACCUGUAAAUUUUUUAUCAAAAGAUACAAUAGAUGAUGUUGAAGUAAAAGUAGGUACACUUUUACUUAACAUGUAUGACUUAACUAAAGGUAUAAUUAGAAUUGAUGAAAAAAGAAUUAGAAUAUUCAAUAACACUAAAUAUUUCCAUUUAGAUAAACUUAAUGUUUUUGAUAUUGAGACAGACGAUGAAGUUGAUAUUAACACAAUUGUACAUGGAUUAACAAAACCUAAAACAAGAGUAUUUGUAGGUACUGUUUUAGUUUGUAAUGAUACAUUAAGAAUCAUUCCACUAGAUCAAAGAUAUGUUUAUGAUUUUCAUUAUUAUUCUGAGAAUAUUAAUUAUUACCAUAAUAAGAAAGUUCAUUGUUGUCUUUUUGGUGAAAGAAUUCAAAUAUUUGAUAUUUUAGGAGAAAGUUCUAAUUUUGAUGUUGAAAUUAACAGUGUGAUGAAAAAUUUAUUUAUUGAUUAUGUGCAGAUUGAAAAUAACAAUGUUAAAGAUACAGAAAUAGAUAAAUUGCCUGUUAAGGAACAUAAAGUAGAUUCAGAUAGAAUUGAUUUUAGAGAAAAGUAUAUUUUUUCUAUUGAUCCACCAGGAUGUACAGAUAUUGAUGAUGCUUUACACAUUGAUGAGUAUAAAGAGUAUAUUGAAGUGGGUGUACACAUUGCUGAUGUUAGUGAGUAUGUAUUACCAAAUACGGAAAUUGAUGAUAUUGCUAGAUAUGGAGCAACCACAGUGUAUUUUAAUGAAUAUAGAAUUGACAUGUUACCUCCUUAUUUAUCAUCAGGAGAAUGUUCAUUAAUAGAAAAUAAAGAAAGAUGUGCACUUUCAUGUAUUUUUAAAUUUACAAAAGAAUUUGAUUUAAUUAGUUAUGAAUUUUUUAACACUUUAAUCAUUAAUAAGAGAAAUUUUAGUUAUGAAGAGGCUGAAAAUAUUUAUAAAAGUGGGGAGGGUGAAAUUUCAUACAAAGUAGGUUUGUUAAUGAAAAUAUCUGAGAGAUUAAAAUUAAAUAGAACACUUAAUGGUGCUUUAGAAUUAAAUGCUAAUAAUAGCACAAGUAGUUUAAUAGAAGAGUUUAUGUUAUUAACUAAUAUGAAAUCUGCUGAGUUUAUGUUAACACAUUAUCCUGAAUAUUCCUUAUUAAGAAAACAUCCUAAAGUUGAUGAGGUAAACAUAAUUAAUAUUAUAAAUGGAAAUAAUGACAUAUUGAUAGAUAAAUCAAAAGAAGAUAAAAGAAACAUUUUAAAUGAUUUUAUUAAAAAUUCAAACAUUCCGGUAGUAAAAGAUUUAGUAAUUAAAAGUAUGAAUCAAGCUUAUUAUUUCUGUAGUAGUACAGAAGUUGACUAUCGUCAUUAUGGUAUAGCAGCUGAUAUUUUUACUCAUUUUACAUCACCAAUUAGAAGGUACGUUGAUUUACUAGUUCAUAGAAUUAUUAAAUCAAUAUUGAGAGGAAUGAGAUUUACUGAUAUUAAAUAUUUAGACAAAGAAAAUAUCAAUUGGAUGAAUUGGAGAAAUAGAAAUGCUAAGAAUGCUUCAAGAAUCAUUAAUGAGUUAUAUUUACUUAAAGAUGGAAGUGUUAAUAAGAAUAUUUAUAAGGGAAUAGUUUGUACAAUUGAAGAUUCUUUUUGUAUUGUUCAUAUUAAAGAAUUAUCACUAAGUGGUAUUUUAUUAGAUAAAAACAAUGUGAAAUUAUAUGAUGAAGUUAAUGUAGUUGUUACAAGUAAUUUUGAAUAUUACAGUGUUCAUAGAAAAAUUUUAUUAAAAGUUGUUUUAUAG